CGAAAUACGAGUAGAGCAAAAAAUAGGCAGAUACGAAGUACGAUGUCGAGGUCAAUGGGGUGGCACGAAGCACUAACUAUGAUCCUAUAAAGAUUUAGAAAAAGUAAAGACGGGAAAGGAACUACGAGAUAACCUAAUGAAAGAGAUUAUGGGGUAAAUGUUCUCCAUCUUUAAAUAAGGGGACUAAAACAAUUUAAAUUCGUAAAAAUAAAAUAGGGAUAUUUUAAUUCAUAUUAUUAAAUACCUCUUUAAAAAGGUAAUGAAAGAAUUAAAAAAGCGUCGUGAACUUCAAGGUCUAGAAUGGGAAGAACUUAUUAAUGAGGCAGAACAAAAUGAUGAUAAACGUCAUGUUUAUCCAGUUAUUUGGAAAUUUUGUGAUUUGCCCCAUGACAAACAUGUUUCACAUCACGAAUUAAUUCCGAUUACUGCACCUGUUAUUCCAAUGGAAAGUUGUAUUAAACCUUUCUUGGAAGGAUGUGAUACAAAUAAAGAUGGUUCAAUAACUAUUAAAGAAUGGGGUAUAUGUCUUGGAUUGAAAGAAGGAGAAAUACAAGAACGCUGUUAA